ACAUGCGUCAUACGCAUUACGCGUUACGUACUCGUUGACCCCGCCCACUGCCGCUCACUCCUUUAGCCGCGCAGCGGCUGGUCAGAAAUGGCGGCUCUUUUGGAAUCUGUUCUGUUGAAGAAAACGGAUAUUAAUGCUGUCUUGGACUGGUUAAAGAAUGUUGAGGAGUGUGACAGCCUUGCAUUUAUUGAAUCUGGGGUGACAUUUCACAAGCAAGAAUUCGUCCCGUUCCUUUUAAACUUCCUGAGAGAGCAGAGCAGUGAAGCACUAACUCAUGGCCCUGCCACGCCAGCCAAGACCCCCAGCCGCCACAGAUCUGCUGCACAGACACAGGGCUUCUCUGACAAGAGGGGUUGCAGGUCUGCUGGUGGUGGAGCUGGUUCUAGGGGUGCCAGUCGUGUCCAGCUGUUUUCUCCUGCCUCCUCCGUCUCACCUGGGACUGAGGGGGAUGCUUCUGGUCAGUCGGGAUCUCACUGUCUGAGUGGGGUCAACGCCUUCAGUAGUCCUUCCUCUACUUCAGCAUGGAGUCCUGCCUCCAGGCCUUCAGGCUCUGAGCGCCGCUCUGGCCAGAGGAUCAGUCUGGGGGACUACAUGCUUUCUCCUCCUGACCUCCAGUCCAGCACCAACUUCCAGUCACAGAAGGGCCGCAGGAGAAGUGGAGGCAGCAUGUCAAUGGGGGUACAAGGAAGACAUGGAGGAGGACGUGGAGGACAUCACAGUGAUGAGAUCGGGCGGUGGGAUAGUGGGGGGAGGAGGUCAAGUAGAGGAGGAGGGUAUAGUAGGAUAAGUGAGCAGGUUUCACCUCCAUCUGUGGGGCAGCUCAACUUAAGCAACUUGGAAGACUUCCCUCCUGUGGGAUCCUCACCCAUUUCACCUGCGUCAUCCAAACCAUCUAGAAGAAUAAACCCAACACCAGUUAGUGCAGAGCGGCCACAUUCCAAACCAAAGACCUGCUUCACCUCCACUCCAUUUAGUAAACCUUCUACCCCCCCAUUAGCUGUAGAGGCCCUUGAGGGGUCAGUGACAGCGUGCAGUCCUCUGAGCCUGCAGGAAGAGAGGGAACUGCUAAAGAGGGAAAAGACAAAGCGAGCCCAGCAGGUCGGCUCUCCUCUGCCGUCCUCUCUGGACCCUUGCACCCCCACAAAGUCAGGACUUAGGGCGGGAUCUAAAGUUACACCAGAGUUGCAGACACCCUGUCCUGAACCAUCUAAAGUCACCUUCUCUUUGGACCUUGAUGUCCUAGCAGAGCUAUACUGCACCUGCAUUUCUGAAAAUCUAGUGCCAAAUAUUUUCCUGGAGCUUUUCUUUGUAAUGCAGUUGCUAACGUCUCGGUCUCCUCACACUCAUGAUGAUGAUGAACAGGAAAGCUUGUGUUCAGCGAAUUCAGAUGUUCUGGAGAGAUGUUACCUGAGACAGGUACACAACUGUGUGUACUUUGCAGUCAAAGUUCUGGAGAAUCAGUUUCAGUUGGUAGCUCAUUUGGACAAGUGUACCUUGCGUCUCCUGGCAGAGAAUGAAAGGGUGGCAUCUUUCUCGCCAGAUCUCAGGGACCGUCUGACUCAGGCCCAGGACAGAAGCACAGCCAAGCUUUCUCCUUCAGUUUCCACUUUCAUCCACUCAGUCCCGUUUGAACCUGCUACUGACAACCGGUCCAACUUUGGGAGUGACAAGGCCUUUCACACCUUCAAAAAGCAAAGAGAUAUUUUUUAUGAGGUGUUACGAGAAUGGGAGGACUUUCACAAGGAGCCGGGAUGGAACUUUGACUCUGUUCUCGGUAGUAAAAUAAGAGGAAUGAUGAGCCAACUGACCUCUGCAGGAAACCAUUCCCAUUUUGCCCGUCUGUUCCUGAAGCAACUUGUUCAGAUGUGUAAAGGCCCCCGUGUGAACAGUUCUCCUGGGGAUACUCCCGAUGCCGACCUGCUAGGCAUGCUGGGAGCCGACAGUUUGGGGCGUCUGAAGCGUCUCGAGGAGCGUCUCAUUCAGCCUCAUGGGGUUGUUGGUCCAUGCCCUCCUCCAUCCUUUCCUGGUCAUCAGGAGUUUUUCAGGGACUUCCUGCAGACAGCUAGCUGCUGCCAGCUGAACCAGCACUUGCAGGACAGCCUGUGUCAGCAGCUCCUCCAAUUGAAUGAGGUGUCCAUCCUGAGCCCUCCAGCGUCCAUCGGGGAGGGAGAGCAGGAGGAGGAGGAGGAGGGAGACGGGGACAUGGAGCAGCAGGAUGAGAAGCAGCGGUUCACCUCAGUGCUUCUCCUCGCUCGUCUUCUGGCUAAGUUUUUGGGAUUCAUUUCCUUUCUUCCUUACCAAACAUCUGAGAGACCAUCCAGGGAAAUACAGGAGGCUGCCAUAGCCCUGCGCAGCAAGAGUGUUCCAGUGCUGGAUGUGUGCGCUCUGCUGACUAACAGUAUGAAAAGGAGGCGCACCAUCCUGACUGUGCCCUGGCUGGUGGAGUUCCUCUCCAUGUUGGACUUCAUUGGUCCUCUGCUGCUCUGCUAUAGAUCUGCAUUAGGCACACUGCUUCUCCUGUACAGGAGAAUGCUGCUUGGCAGAUGUGGAGAAAUGUGUUACCUGAACAAGCUACUCAUGGUGUCUGUUUUGGGUUGGCUUUUCCAGAUCCCAGUGAUUCCUGAGGACAUUUUCUUCACCAGUGAGUUCACUGAGGUGGCCAAGCUGGAGGACAGCAGCACAGCCGCCGCAGGGCUUGAUUGUAUUCCCCUGGUGGAUCAGCAGCUCCUCUAUACAUGUUGUCCAUUUCUUGGUGAGUUCCGCAAACUCCUGGCUGCCUUUGUGUCUGGAAGCACAGCCAAGAGUGGAGGGAUCAUCCGCAAGAUCACCCCCACUUCUGCCGAGCUCAGGGAUAUGCCAGCUGCCAACAGGUCGCAGCAGAAACUGCAGGUGGACCUUGAGCAAGCCUUCUUUCACAAUCAGCCUCCGUCACUGCGUCGCACCGUGGAGUUUGUAGCGGAGAGAGUCGGCUCCAACGCCGUCAAGCAUAUGAAGGCAACAUUAGUAAGUGAGUUGGUGGAGCGAGGUGAGAAGAUGCUUAGAGAUGGACUGGAGUCGCCAAAUGCAAACCCUUCAAAACUGAACGAGUCCAUCUGCGCUCAGCUGUGUGUCGUGGGAUUGGAGGCCCUGGCAAAAGCCACCAGAUUUUGCUGUGAGAAGGGUCCUGAGGCCAUAAGAAUUCUGCUCCCAGAUGAGACCUCCCCUGCUGUCCUGACCACCUCAGAAAACAUCACCAAACGUCUUGCAACAGAAAAGGCCUGCAGCUGGCUCUCGGCCAACAUCACAGCCCUGAUCAGACGAGAGUGGAAGAGCAGGUACGAUCGUGUGAUGAAGGCUGUAGGAAGUCCAGUGGCUCCAGACUCGGGGAAUUUGGAAGGUGCUGUGGUUGAGCUGGUCACCCAGGAGCAGUCGACUACUCCCAAGAGGAAACAAGGAAGUGGGAGAGUGGCAUCCUGUCCUCCACACUGCAGCCACGGUGCCUCACUGCCCUCUGACAUCCUCAUUGAGAUGAAGGAGUUGCUGAGUAUUGCAGUAGGCCCCAGGACUGAUGAGGAGCUGCCAAGUGGCUCUCAGAUCACAAGGCUGCUGCAGAGAGUGGGAGACGCCCUGGCCUGCAGAAAGUUCUCAACUGCUGUGUCAGAGCAGAUGCUGCUGAACACUACAGUCCUGCUGGCUUGUAAACUGGUGUCUGCAGAGCUGCCGGUGUUGUCGCUGUCAGGGUGCAGCGGAGGUGAUGGGGUUGUGGUGGGUCCUGGUUCAGGGUCAGAACCUCCUGUCAGAGCGCUGCUGGAGCAGCUUGCUGAGCUGUGGGAAAGAGACUGCGGUUCCUCCACCCCUCUGCACCUGCUUUUCACCCCACUCACUGUCACAGCUGUGCUGAAGGCCAGCGACACUGAGUGGAACAACUACCUGUUCCUGGUCAGACAGCUGGUUGACAGAGGGGUCCUGAGCGAGGAAGAAGUCAUAUCUCAUUGGAAGAAGUUAACAAACUUGGCCUUGCCAGCGAAGCUGAUAGAAAAUUUUCAGGUGCGGUCACAGAGCACUAAACCCGCCUUGCCUGUGGCUGAGUUGCAAAGCCGCAUGGACAUGCUGCAGGUCUCACAACAGACAGUAGAGGGAGCUACAUGACAACAAUGAUACUACCCAGUCACCCACAGCAUCUUUUGUGUGGUCACCACAGUGUUUUAUGUCACGUCUGUCAGUGCGCUGCUUAAGACAGAGACGGUUCUGCUUGACUUCUCGUUGUCGAUCGUGUUUCGAGUGUUGCAUCAGAUGUGCACGAUGUGCUGCAGAGCCCAUCAAAGCUGUUCCACAGUCAGCCUCUGCACACACACUUUGCAAUCUUCAGACUUUUGUUCUCCACCUGUGAAGUGACAGCAGCCUUUCAUGAAUCCCUCUGCUCUUUUGCUGAGGCGCGGGUGAGAAACAGAAAGCCCUGCCAGUCAGAAGUAGCCCGGGACCACAGCAUCUCACAGCUUAGGUCUGUCGAGCCUUCCUGCAAACGAACCUGCUUAACGAUUGUGUCUGAAGGGGAAAUACCACUAGAUCAAGAGUAUAACAGAGGAAGGGUCGGCAUCAAAAUGAACGUUUUGUUUUUUUUUUAUUUUGCAUCCUAGGACUCAAACUGAGUAGCUUCAUUUCCUAAGAGGUACAUUUAAUAAAACAUAAUUAUUGUCCCAAUUUUUUACAUGUGAUGUUUCUUCAAAUAAGCCAUAGUUUGAGAGAGCUGCUAAAAAUGAACUGAAAAUUCAGAUUUUCUUUGUUGGUUUUUAGACCCAUAAGAGGGAAUAAAUAUGUUGAUUUUAGUAUAGCACUUUGACACUCUGCCUUUGACCGCCUUCACUAGUGACUGCAUGUGUCUACCAUGAAUGCAAGACUGCGUUUGUGAUUGUGUUUUUGUUCAUGUUGAACGAGGCUUUAUCCCCAGCUGCUUUUAAAUUGAAAGAUGUUUUUUUUUAUGUUUCCUUAAAAUUAAAAAUAUAACAAUAAAGAUGUAUUCUGGCUUAAGUGUUG